AUAUAAUCCCAAUCUCCAUCUCUGAAAUCUCUGCACCAAGUUACACUUUUUAAAAUGUCUGCCAAAUCAAAGCUUUCUACACUUAUUUUAAUCCUGUCUCUUGUGUUUCUCUAUGCCGGCUGCUUAGCCUUUGCUAAGCAAGACCCUGAGCUAACACAAUGCACCCACCAAUGCAGAGUCCAGCAACAAUACGAUGAAAAACAAAAGGAAGAGUGUGUGAGGACAUGUGAAGAGUACCACCGUGAGAAAAAGGAUAGAGAGUCCCUUAAAGAAGUUGGGCAAGACCCUGAUGUCGAAUUUCACCCUGGCGACGGAUUGAGUGAGUGCCGGAGCCGGUGCGCGGGACUAGCAGGAGAGGUGCGGCAGCUGUGCCUCUUCCGGUGCCAACAGAAAUGGCGGAGAGAUUAUGCGAGCCGGUGGGAGGAAGAAGGCAAGAAACAGAGUAAAGAAGACGCAGAAGACGAAGGAGAAGAGGAAAAGCACAAUCCUUACGUAUUUGAAGAUAAACAUUUCUCUACUGCAAUCAAGACAGGGAAAGGAAGAGUUGAUCUUCUCACCAAAUUCACACACAACUCGGAUAUUCUUCGUGGCAUUGAGAAUUAUCGACUGGCCCUCCUUGUUGCCAGUCCAAAGUCAUUCGUAGUCCCAAAUCAUUUCGAUGCUAACGCCAUAUUUGUUGUCACUCAAGGACGUGGAACACUCACGCUGAUCCAUGAAGAUAAGAGAGAGAGCUUUAACAUUGAAACUGGAGACAUCAUCUAUGUUCAUGCUGGGACUCCUCUAUAUUUGAUCAACAGAGAUGACGACGAGAAACUGUUUAUCGUCAAGUUAUUGCAACCCAUCAAUCAACCAGAUCAUUACGAGGUAUUUUAUGGUGCUGGUGGUGCAAAACCAGAAUCAUUCUACGAAACAUUUAGCACUGAAAUCCUUGAAGCUGCUCUCAAGACUUCAAGAGAUAAGUUGGAGAAGUUUUUCGAUAAACAAGGCAAAGGACCCUUCCUCGAAGCUUCCAAAGAACAAAUCGAGGCCAUGAGUAGCCAUGAGGAAGGCAGCAAAGGCGGUGGUUUGUGGCCAUUUGGAAGUGAGUCAAAAUCAGAGAGUGCAUUCAACCUCUUCAGAAAGCGUCAGCCUUCACAUUGUAACAGAUAUGGUCAGCUCUUUGAAGUUGAAGAAGAUGAAUUCAAGCGCCUUAAAGACUUCGAUCUCAGGGUCUCCUAUGUCAACAUCACCAAGGGAUGUAUGUCAGCCCCAUUCUACAACUCAAGGGCAAUAAAGAUAGCCAUUGUUGUGAAAGGUGAAGGAUACUUUGAAAUGGUAUCACCUCCUGUUUCCCCCAAGUCCAGUCAGGAGGAUUCAGCAGGAAGAAAGAGUGGGUCUCGUUAUCAAAAGAUAAGCUCACGUUUGAGAUCCGACACGGUGUUCGUUGUUCCAGCAGGGCAUCCUUUCGUUACAGUUGCUUCAAGAAACAAUAAUCUAGAGAUUCUAUGCUUUGAGGUCAACAUAGAAAACAACGUUAGGUACCUUCUUGCAGGGGAGGGGAAUUAUGUUCAGCAAUUCGAGAAGGAAGCAAAGGAACUGGCAUUCAAGAGCAAGGAAGAAGAGGUGGAUAGGAUCUUUGGUAACCAAGAUGAGGAGUUCUUUUUCCCUGGACCAAGGCAACAAAGAGGCCGAAAUUAUGAAUGAAGAUUGGGAGUUGUGGGGUUUAAGCUUUGAGGGGUUAUGUGUGUGUGUUAAGAUGAGGAGCUCCAUGGCUGAGAGCUUAGCCGAGUAGUUUCUGUAAAUGCUGAAGUUGUGAAUGUUGUGAAAUGGGAAAAAACUGAUGCGAGAACGAUGUAAAUUAUCUUUGGUUUUACGUGUUUGGGCCCAUGUUUAAAUAAAAACUCCAGCCUUCCAACGA